UUUAUACUUACUUUAAGUGGCGUUUGGCCAGGUGUAUCGUGUGUUCUGAUUCGCAGAACGUUUUGGGUUGUUUCAGUGAUACUUGUUCAGUUUUUUCACUACCGUUAUCUUAUAAUACGUAUGCAUUCUGCCGAAUUUUUAGACAUAAUGGAUUGCCUAGCUGAACUCUUAGCAAAUACCAAGAUGUUUGUUAAAUGUCUUAUGUUUUGGUUGAAUCAACAAAAAUUCAUCGAAAUCUUGACUAUGAUGAAAGAGGAUUGGGCCGAUUGCGUCGAUAAUAAUAUUAACAUGCUCCAAACAGCGAGCAAAGCAAAAACGUCGAACCGUAUCACAAACGCGAUUCUCAUUUUUCAUACAAUAUCGGUUGUUGGAUAUAGCACGGGCGUUCUUCUAGCCGACGUUGACGUCAGCAAUCACACGGGAGAGUUACCUUUAAUUACCAAAAUUGAACUUUCCUUCGAUAUAAACGCUCAACGCACGUACAAAUCCAUUGUAAUGUCGGAAUUUAUUCUUUUGAUCUUAUCCACCUGGACAGCUGGAGCAAUGAACGCUUUGAUAUUGACUAUGACCUUACAUGUAGCUGGUCAAAUCAAUAUCCUGCGUUAUUGGCUGAAGCGACUCGCACCCUCCGAUGAUGAGGGCAAAAAUGAAUCAAUCGCCAUCGAAACAACUAGAAUUAUACGAAAACAUAAAAAGAUUAUCAAAUUCUCAGAAAACAUUGAAAGUCUUUUCACAUAUAUUGCGCUGGUGCUAUUUGCGUCAAAUAUGAUAAUGAUUGGUUGUCUAGCUUUUGUCGUUGUAACAGCAGUUGGCGGUCCCAAUGCAGUAGAACAAAUAAUAAAAUCAUUUUUAUUUUAUGUUUUAACUAACGUUGAAGCGUAUAUAUUUUGUUAUGCCGGAGAACAUCUAAAAACCAAGAGCAAAGAAAUUGGUCUUGCGGCUUACAAUUCUACAUGGUAUAAUAUGAAAUCUAAAAAUAGUCGCGUUUUAUUAUUUAUCAUACUAAGAUCGCAAAAACAAUUGACACUUACAGCUGGAAAGAUGAUGGAAUUAUCUUUGCAAUCAUUUACUAGUAUUAUAAAUGCUUCGGGAUCAUAUUUAUCAAUAUUAUUAGAAAUGCAAUAAAAUCGACAAAUCAUUGAUUUCAACAAUCAGAAAAUGUUGUGAGUUAUUCGUGCAUCAGUAGAUUUAUACAUUUAGAAAUAUUCAUCUUGUAAUACAGCAUUUCUCUAAAUAUAAAUGUAGAACAGAAAUCUAAAUUGUCAUUUCUGAAAUUACAAUACAUCGUAAUGUAAUCUGAUUUUAUUAUAUAUUAUAAAAGUCAUGGACAUUUUAUAAAACUGAGAAUAAAGUUUCCGGAGAUUUUAUUAUCCAGUAUGAAAAAAUAUUUUCUCACUUUUUUAACACGUUAAAAAUAAAAUAGCAGAUAUUUCCAUUAAUGUCAUCUAAAAAGAAUUUGACGUAUUUCAGAAAAUUAAUUAAAUACAAAUAUUUGUACCAACACAGUUUUGUAGGGAUUAAUAUUCGUGGCAUGAUGUCAAUAUUGUAGAUUAACGCAAUGUAACACUAAAACUAUAAUAUCAUUGCACAUCCCCAUCAAAUCACACCUACUAUUAUUAUGCCCGCUUAAUGCUCCAGUGGACGAUUUCUAGGAACGAUUGUAGCAAUGACGGAUAAAAAUCAAAGAUGCUCUCUAUGGACAAACAAUAUACAUAACUCAUCACACGUAUAAUGCAUUUCUUUACAAUACUGGG